AUGUCGCUGUGGCAGAGAGACGGAAAUCAGUCAGCAUCGCCAGGUUGUCUUUGCUGGGUUUGCGGUGGUCCCUUAUUCUUUUGCCUGGGAUACGAACGAAUAUCCAAGGUCACUACGAAGUCCGGCCCCCAUUUCGGCAUUCUCUCUUCCCUCCUCUCCCCAUCUGCUCUCCUCCGCCCCCCCUCUCUCGUCUCUCCUCACGUUCUCCAAUUCUUCAUCGGGCAAUGGGCAUCACUCAUCUUCAAAAACCCUCUGCUCUGCUCUGCAGGUGCCCAUCUUGCACGCCAUACAGGUGUCUCUCCUGCUCCCCAACCUUGGUUCCGUUGCCUUUUUCCAAUCCAGCUCCUGGCAGUGCUUUCUGUUGCUACAUGGGCACUAACCCCAAAUUGUUUCGUUUCUUUCUGUGUGGCCAGGGAUCAGAGCUCGGUCUCUCCCUCUCCUCCUCCUCCCUACUCGCCGGAAAGACCAGGGUACCAGGGCAGCGACAGAGACGGGCCAAGCGUCCCUUGUCUGCACUCCAGCGGCCUUGCCCACACUACUCUGUACCUCGUGUGUACUUCUGCCUCAUCCCUGCCCGGGUUGCGGUUUCCGUGGGCCGGAGUAAGGAUUUUGGAAGACGCUUGUAACUUGCCAGCCACUGACAGCAGAACCGACAGCGGACAUCUCCAGCACACAGCAACUUUGGGCGACGCGCCGUGGGACGCGGUUGAGAGUACCGCUCGGCAUACUAUGUUAUGCUCUGCUGGGUCACAGCAGUGUUCUGGGCCCUGCUCCUCUCCACCCCAAUGGAGCCCGCUCUGCCGGUUUUGGGGGCCCAGUUCCAAGGACCCAGAAUACGGUGGACUUGACAGCCGGUGGUGGGAGGGAGACUUGGGCGGCACGCCGGCGGAUCUGCACAAUCUGGCUGGAUACGAUGCAUUAAUUAUGCGAUCGCAGGCACCGAUACCGGGCUUGACUUGGGCCGACCUGUUUGUCAGCGAAGUCAAGACCGAACGAACCGCCUUUCACUUGGGGUUCCCUGUGACAGGAACAGAGCGCGCAGGACGAACGUGA